AUGGCGGACAAGCAAGAUUUAGACCCAAAUCCUCCCCUCGAAGAUCGAAAGAUUCGCCCAUCAAGGAAGAUAGCAAUGGCACACGAGUCAGAGUCUGAGCCAGAAUUCAAGAAACAGAAACUCGAAGAACUCCAGAGAAAAGCUUAUCACUCUGUUCUCCAUGCUUCCACAGCAGAAACCUCGGCGAUAUCACACAAGAAGUCUCAAAUCAUACAAAAGUUGAUGAACGAGUGGAAGAUUAAUCACAUAAAUCAGGUCUCUGCUGAUGAAAAGAUUGAUAACUCUGAAAAGAAUGAAACUUCGAGUCUAAACUCUGUUCCAGAGUCUCUUGUUGUAAAACGGAUCCGUGCAGGAUUAUCUGAUGAAGAUUGUCUCCCAAGUAACAAGAAAACGAAAUUUGACCAGCUCCAUAAACAGGCUUGCGAAGAUGUUCUCAACGCCUUCAACGCAGAGUCUCCAGUACUAUCCAGCUCAAGGGUUUUGAUUAUGCAAGACCUGCUUGACGAAUGCAACAACGCCCACAAAGCUCAUAUCACUGACAAGAUUGAUGAUAAGAUCAAAACUGAUCCCCCACUGGUCGAACCAUUGAUCAAAGCUUCCAAUACCACAAAGAUAGUGGAGCCAAAACACAGGCUUUACCCUGCCGGCUGCAGGUUUCGUCCAUCAGAUGAUAUGAUGGCAAACUAUUUUCUGAAGUACAAAGCUCUAGGAAAGCCAAUGAAAGCCCGUACCAUACUUGAAGAGCGUCACGACAUCUUCUCAAUACCUCCUCGUGAUUUCCCUGGCUAUCCAAGAGAAACAGAAUGGCAUUUCUAUUGCAGAAAACGUAUUGGCGAAGACCCUCGGAGUCUCUGGACACGUGUCGGUAAAGAUACCACUGUGUUUGAUCCAGAGGGAAAAGGUGUUGGUAUCAAACGUACAUAUGCUCUCACGGAGCAGGAACAAGAAUCUGAUGACAUUUUUUUGCCUGGCGAAACAGAACCUCCAAGAGAAGAGUGGUUCAUUGAAGAGAUUAGUCUCCCACCGUCUGUUGCUGAUACUGACUUGGUUUUGUGUCAUGUUAUUCUCAACAAGAUUGAGAAAGAAGAAGAAUGUGAAGAGGAAGAAGAAGAAGACGGUGAUGACGAUGAAUAA